AUGAAGGUGAUCUCUGUAUAUUUGCUGGUUGUAUUGAGUGGGAGUGGGAACACGUACCCUUUAGUUGAUAAUUUGAAGGACAUCCUUGGAUCAGUUGGAGCUGAAGCUGAUGAUGAUUGGAUCAAGCUGCUGUUGCCUCAAGUUGAAGGAAAAUAUAUAAUGGAGCUUAUUGCAUCUGGAAGAGAGAAACUGGCUUCAGUGCCUUCAGAAGACUCUGUUGCAGUUGCUGUUUCUGGUGGGGGUUGUGCUGCACCGGCUGUUGCAGCUGAGCCAAAGAAAGGGGAAAAAGAGGAAUCAGAUGAGGUGAGCUUUCUACAAUGAGAACCAAUUGAAAAAUCUUCAGAAAUAAUAAUCUAAUAUCUGCUGCGGAUAUUUUUAUUUCUUUUGAAGUGUCUCAGCUUUAUUUCUCAUUUUAGGGCAAGAGAGUGGGGAUAGAAUAGAGUGGAUUGAAUGACAUAUGGAGUGGAGAUGUAAUAGUUUACGAAGGAAAAGAGGGUGUUAUUUAAGGGCAAGUGACAUGCAAAAGUUGUUAUUCGAUCUAACUUGGACUAGUAUAAGAAUAGACUCCCUUGGACCUUGUCUAUUCCAUGUUCAUUGGAAUAACACCAGCUUUUGUACGAUAAUUUGCCUUCAAAUGAUACGCCUAUCUGUAUUGCUGUUCCAUUCAUUGUCUAUUCCAUUCCAUGAAGCAACAAUUCUAGUAUGCAAGUGACAUAGGACAGGAAGAUGAAAAUUGGAUGGAUCAAUUUGGCCUUAUUUGGAGACACUAUCGAAAGAAUAGGAUCAAGGGCAUCUUGGUUCCUAAGCAUAAAUAUGUUUGACUUAGUUAAUUAGUUAGAAUUGUUUUAUGUGCCAUUUUGUAUGUAAAUAGGUGUCUUUGGUUUGGUUUCAAUUUUUUAAUUUUAGUUUCCUGUAUAUUAGUAUGAUUCUAUCUGUUGAUCAAGUUAUUUAUUUGAAUUGAACAAAAUAACUGUGUUUUUCCCCAAA